UCCCCCACCCAAAUCAAACUCCUCUCUCUCUCUCUCUCUCUCUCUCUCUCUCCAAUCAAACAAUUCAUAUUCCCAUUCCACACUUUCUCUAUUCUCUCUACUCUCAUCCAAUGUCUUCAAUCACUCCUAAUCUCCCUCAUUCCUUCCAAUCUUCUCAAUUGACCCAAAAUCCCUGCUCCACACCCUCAUCUUUCCAUCUUAACAGUCCAAAUAGGUCCAUCAAGCUAAACCCCACCAACCACCCAUCUAUCUAUUGCUCCUUACAUUCCCCACCAAUCCUCAGCAUCCCAAAACCCUUCAAAUCAACCAUCUUAUUAGAAGACUCAACUUCUAUCUCUUCAACACCCACAACCACCACUAAACCCAAGCGCAAGCCCUCCCCUCAACAUGAGCAGCCUCGAGAGACUCUGGUUCCAACCCUCCACGAACCCAAGACUCAACCCAACCGGAACUUAUUCCAACGCGCUGCUGCCAUGGCCCUUGACUCCAUCGAACACUCGCUCAUCUCCCGCCUGUUGGAAGGCCAGCACCCACUCCCCAAGACUGCUGAUCCCGCAGUCCAAAUUUCUGGCAAUUUCGCUCCUGUCGACGAACACCCAAUUCAGCAAAACCUCCCUGUGUGGGGCCAUAUACCUCAUUGCCUCAACGGUGUCUACGUCCGGAACGGUGCCAAUCCUCUCUUCCAGCCCUUGGCUGGUCAUCACCUCUUCGAUGGUGAUGGCAUGGUCCAUUCCGUCCGCUUCCGAAAUGGCUCUGCUAGCUAUGCCUGCCGCUUCACCCAAACACAUCGACUAGUCCAAGAACGUCAAUUAGGCCGACCCAUCUUCCCAAAGGCCAUUGGCGAACUCCAUGGCCACUCUGGCAUUGCUCGUCUCCUUCUCUUCUAUGCCCGUGGCCUCUUUGGCCUAGUCGACAAUGCCAACGGCAUCGGUGUUGCCAACGCUGGCCUUGUCUACUUCAAUGGCCGCCUCCUUGCCAUGUCAGAGGACGAUCUCCCUUACCAUGUCCACAUCACCCCUUCGGGCGAUCUUGAGACAGUGGGCCGCCAUGACUUCAAUGGCCAGCUCAAUUCUGCAAUGAUCGCACACCCCAAGAUCGACCCAGCUUCUGGCGAACUCUAUGCUCUCAGCUACAGCGUCGUCUGCAAGCCUUACCUCAAGUACUUCCGCUUCGCCCCUGAUGGAAGCAAGUCCCCUGACGUUGAGAUUCCGGUCGAUCAACCCACCAUGAUGCAUGACUUUGCAAUCACAGAGAAUUUCGUUGUAAUUCCUGAUCAGCAGGUUGUGUUCAAACUCCAGGAAAUGAUCCGUGGAGGUUCCCCUGUUAUCUACGACAAGAACAAAACCGCCCGGUUCGGAAUCCUCUCGAAGAAUGCCUCAGACGCUUCCGGCAUUAAAUGGGUCGACGUCCCAGAUUGCUUCUGCUUCCACCUCUGGAAUGCAUGGGAAGACUCCAACACCGACGAGGUUGUUGUCAUUGGCUCUUGCAUGACACCACCCGAUUCAAUUUUCAACGAAUCCGAUGAGAGCCUAAAGAGCAUCCUUUCAGAAAUCCGAAUCAACCUGAAGACAGGCAAGUCGACUCGGCGCCCAAUCAUCGACCCAUCCAAGCAAUUGAACUUGGAAGCUGGGAUGGUGAACAGAAACCGACUGGGCCGGAAGACCCAAUUCGCAUACCUGGCAAUUGCAGAGCCAUGGCCAAAGGUAUCUGGAUUUGCAAAGGUUGAUCUAUUGACAGGAGAAGUAAAGAAAUUCAUCUAUGGGGAUAAAUGCUAUGGCGGGGAACCAUACUUUGUAGCGAGGGACCCAACAUUAGAACGGGAAGAUGAUGGGUAUGUGUUGACAUUCAUGCAUGACGAGAAGACGUCGAGAUCAGAGCUGUUGAUUGUGAAUGCCAUGAAUAUGAGGGUGGAGGCAUCAGUGAAGUUGCCAUCAAGAGUCCCAUAUGGUUUUCAUGGGACUUUUGUAAGUUCAAAGGAGUUGGCUAAUCAGGCUUAGGACGGGCCCAUGAGUGUUCUGUUUCUUGGGUCUUCUUUCUUUUGGUUAGAGGAAGGGAGAUUAUACCAGAGGGAUGAUUAGAGAUACGUCCCCGGAGUCUCUCCUCUGCAAAAAGAAGAAAAAUGAUAAACCCUUUACAUGGGGUUUUAGCUGGUUUUUAUAUAUAUUUUUUUAGUGUGAGAAGAAAAUCAGCUUGUAGCUUGUAGAUUUGGAGCUCAGCUGUUUUUUCUGUAAAUCAUUCUACUUUGGUGCAUUGAUACAGUCGAUGUAUAUGUGUGGAUGUACGUAAUGUAUGUGAUUCGGAAGACAUGGUCUGUCAGACCUCUCCUUCCUCUUUCUUCCUACUUAUGUAUAUAAUAAUAAAAUAACAGGUUCUCUC